AUGACUUCAAUUGAUAAAGCAAAGGACCUUAGCGGAGACGCUGUUCGUACUGAUUCAAAUGCUUCUCAAGCGGGAAAAGACACUGAGAACAUGGAAAUCGGCGAGGUCUAUUGCCAUCCCACGACCGCAGAAGAGAAAGCACUAUUGAGAAAGAUUGAUUGGCGUUUGAUGCCACUACUAACGGCCUCCUAUUUUCUACAAUUCCUCGAUAAAAGCAGUCUUAACUAUGCUUCAAUAAUGGGUUUGAUACCUGACACUGGGCUUGUGGGACAGGAAUAUUCAUGGUUAGGAAGUGCUUUCUAUUUUGGCUAUCUGAUAGCCAACUACCCAGCCUCCUUGGGCUUUAUCAAGUUCCCAUUGGCGAAGUUUCUCUCGGUUUCAAUUGUCAUCUGGGCCAUUGUCUUAGGGUGUCAUGGAGCUGCCAAUAACUUUGUUGGGUUGUGUAUUCUCCGCGUUCUCUUGGGAAUCACGGAGAGUACUGUUAGUCCUGGGUUCAGUUUGCUGACGGGAAUAUGGUAUAAGCCUUCUGAGCAUGCUUGGAGACAUGGAAUAUGGUUUUUGGGAAAUGGGAUUGCCAAUACCUUUGGGGGCUUGCUAGCUUAUGGUAUUGCUCACAUCGGAGGACGCUUGGGAUCAUGGAGAUGGCUAUUUAUCAUCUUCGGUUUGAUUACUAUUGCCUGGGGUGUCCUACUUUAUUUCACUUUGCCGGAUGCCCCCUUGACUGCUCGAUUUCUCACUCAACGCGAGCGAGAAAUUGCUGAUCGACGACCGCAAAAGACACAACAUAGUUUCAAGACAAAUAAGUGGUCAAGAUCUCAAUGCAUUGAGGCUCUUCUUGAUCCUAAAACAUGGUUGAUAUCCCUCAUUAUCGCUGUGACAUCAAUUACCAAUGGAGUAGUUUCAAAUUUCGGAUCCUUGAUCAUCAAAUCCUUCGGUUUCGGCCAGCUGGAUACCAUCUUACUUGGCAUACCCAACGGAGGUUUCCAAAUUGCAGCUGUGAUUGCUGCGACCUACACAGCUUCGAAAGUUCGCAGGUCCCGUCUCAUAAUUAUCGUUGUUGGAUAUAUAUUUGCUUUGGUUGGGAUAUUGUUGGUCAAGGAACUUCCAACAUCCAACAGAUAUGGACGUCUGGUCGGAUGCUGGAUGAUGAUCUUGUUUUCCUCCGCCUUCCCUCUUCUUCUCAGUUUGAUGGCUAGCAAUACAGCAGGAUUCACCAAGAAAACCACCGUCAAUGCUAUCUUCUUCAUCGGAUACUGUGCUGGCAACAUUGGUGGGCCUCAGCUAUUCAAAUCCGCAGAAGCUCCAAAUUACCACACGGCAUACAACGGCAUGAUCGCUUGCCUGGCCAUCUCCAUUGUGCUAUCAAUCAUUUUAAGACAGUAUAUGGACAGGGAGAACAAACGACGCGAUCGAGAACAAGGAGUUUACAUUGAUCCCGAGCCAAAACAUGUAGAGGAUAUUGAUGAUGUGGAUUUGACAGUCGAGCGUGUUGUAUUAACCGAUUGGGAAAAUAAAGGAUUUCGUUAUUAUUUAUAA